AUGCCGAAGCAAAUUGCUGAACUGGAAAACCUUCAAACUCUAAAUGUUUUUGUAGUAGGCAAGAAAAAUAUUGGUUUAAGUGUUAGAGAGCUUGGGAAGUUUCCUAAGCUACGGGGAAAAGUAGUCAUCAAGAACCUGCAAAAUGUCAUUGAUGUCAUGGAGGCAAGUGAUACCAACUUGAAGAGCAAAGAACAUAUUGAGGAAUUGACGCUACAGUGGGGCGAGGAAACUGAUGACACACUUAAUGAAAGAAAUGUGCUUGAUAUGUUACAACCAUCUGCAAACCUAGAGGAACUGAGCAUUAUAUCAUAUGGUGGGACAAGUUUUCCAAGUUGGUUGGGAGAUCCUUCGUUUUCUAACAUGGUGUUCCUUAGCAUUAGUAAUUGUGUGAAUUGCAUGACACUUCCACCACUAGGGGAGCUACCUUCUCUCAAAAUUUUGAGGAUUCACAAUAUGCCAAUUUUGGAGACAAUUGGGCAGCAGUUCUAUGGCAUGGCAGCAGGAGGUACCAAUUCUUCGUUCCAACCAUUUCCUUCCCUUGAGAAGCUUAUAAUUGAGAAAAUGUCAAAUUGGAAAGAAUGGCAUCCUUUUCAAGGCGAAGUGUUUCCUUUUCUCCGUCUUAAAACUCUGGAGUUAUCUAAGUGUCCUGAACUGAGGGGACAUCUGCCUAGUCAACUUCCUUCCAUAGAAGAGAUUAAAAUAUAUCAUUGUGAUCAUCUCUUGGCAACACCACCUUCUCAGCACUGGCUUUCCUUUAUAAAAAAGCUUGAUAUUACAGGAGAUUUGAAUUCAGAAAGCAAUACUGAAAGAACCCAAUGCUCAUUGCUUGAGAGUGAUUCUCCAUGUCUUGUGCAAGGUAUAGUCAUAAGGAACUGUCAUAUGCUAAAAUCUGUACCUAAAAUGAUUAUUAACAGCACCUGUCUUCGGCACUUGACUCUCUAUGGUAUUAAUUCUCUCAAUGUGUUUCCAACAAAUGGUUUACUCACUUCAUUGCAAUCACUAAUUAUUGACAAAUGUGAGAAUUUAACAUUCCUACCUCUUGAAAAGUGGAGCAGUUACACAUCACUUAUGUCUCUUAAUUUAUGGAGAAGCUGCAAUGCACUUACCUCCUUCCCAUUGAACUGUUUUCCUAUGCUCCAAAAUCUUUCCAUCCGCGAAUGUAGAAGUUUGGAAUCUAUUUUUAUUUCAGAAACUUCUUCUUGUAGCUCGUCAACCCUCCAAUCUUUUUAUGUCAGUGAGUGCGAGGCCCUUAGGUCACUACCUCAACGGAUGGAAACCCUGACCUCUCUUGAAACUAUGUAUCUCAGGAAUCUUCCAAAUUUGAAUUUAUCAUUAUGUGAAGGAGCUUUCCUACCUCCCAAUUUACAAUCAAUUCAUAUUGAUUCUGUGAGAAUAAAAAAGCCAGUAACAGAGUGGGGUCUCCAAGGCCUUACUGUUUGUUCAUCAAUGUUAAUCGAAGGUGAGGAUAAUGUGAACAUGUUACUCAAAGAGCCGUUGUUGCCAAUUUCCCUUGUGUUUCUACAUAUAAAAAGUCUCUCUGAAAUGAAAUCCUUAGAAGGAAAUGGACUUGGACACCUCUCCUCUCUAGAACGCCUUGAUAUUUCGGAUUCUCCAGGGCUUGUGUCAUUGCCAGAAAAAGCCUUUCCCUCCAUGCUGAAAACACUUUAUUUCAGGAAUUGUCCAAGACUAGAGUCAUUGCCAGAAGACCGCCUCCCUUCCUCUCUUGAGGAUCUGAUCAUCAUACGUUGCCCUUUGUUAGAAGAAAGGUAUAAACGGAACGAACAUUGGUCAAAAAUUGCCCACGUCCCGGUCAUAAAAAUAAAUAACCAAGUCACAAUAUGA